CAGCCUACUGUGAGGAGUUAUAUUCAGUGGUCCACAAUGAGUCAGGCAGGCAACGGCGACUUCUAGGUCCCCCAUCCCUUUUCUGAGAGACUUCAGGGAAAGCAACAGAGUUGGAGAUGGGUGUGGGGAGGAUGGUGAGGACUACAAAGGUCUCCCCACCUCCCGGGGACCGCCGGGGCGGGGCUGGAUGAAGGUCGACGUGCCUCCUCCGGGCGGGGCGCUGCCAUGCUCUCAGCCUCUCUGUGGAAGGGCAGCCUGCGCCUGGGUACCGAGGCUGCUGCGCCGCAGACGGCGGGCGCGAUGUAUCUCCGCAGGGCGGUCUCCAAGACCCUGGCGCUGCCGCUGAGGGCGCCCCCCAACCCCGCGCCGCUCGGGAAGGACGCAUCUCUGCGCCGGAUGUCAUCUAUCAGAUUCCCUGGAUCAUCUGGAUCAAAUAUGAUUUAUUAUCUGGUUGUAGGCGUCACAGUCAGUGCUGGUGGAUAUUAUGCUUACAAGACAAUCACAUCAGACCCAGCUAAACACACGGAACAGACAACAAAUUUGAAAGAAAAAACAAAAGCGGAGAUACGUCCAUUUCAAGGUGAAAAGGAGAAUGUUGCAGAAACUGAGAAUGCAAGUUCAGAAGCCCCAGAAGUACUUGUAGUGGAAGCUGACGUGGUGGAUGCUGAAGAAAGUCCAAGUGCUACAGCUGCAGUCAUACAAGAAACAUCUGCCUGUCCAGGUCACGUGGAGGCUGCUCCGGAGACCACAGCAGUCAGUGCUGAAACUGGGCCAGAGGUCACAGAUGCAGCGGUGGAGGGGGAAACCGCAGAAGUCAACCCUGAAACAACCCUCGAGGUUACAAAUGCAGCUCUGGAUGAAGCCGUCACCAUCGAUGAUGAUAAAGAUACAACAGAGAAACGAAGCUCUGAUGAAUAUGCUGAACUAGAAGAAGAAAAUUCUCCAGCUGAGUCAGAGUCCUCUGCUGGAGAUGAUUUACAGGAGGAAGCCAGUGUUGGCUCCGAGGCUGCGUCAGUUCAAGGCUGAUCUGCUGGUAGACGUUUCAGCAGCAAAUGCCAUAGAGUGUCUGAUAAGUGCUUCUGUGUUUUUAGUACACUUAGUUUAAAAAAAGAAAGACUUAUUUUCUAGAAAACGUUAAUGUGUCUUGAAGAUUUUUGGCAUCCACUGAUAGAUUUUAGGAUUAAGAGACUUGAGAUUGUACAUUUCUUAUUACUCUUCUACUGUCUGAGAUUGGCAUUGCAGUAAAGAGCUUGAAUAGUUUCACCUUUGGCUUUUCUUUCUAUACAUUUUUCUUUUAUCACAGUCAUCUUUGAAUUUAGAUUUUUUAUUAGAGAAAUUGAGCUAUCCACACAACCUGUAUUCACUUUAAUUUUGCUAUGCCUUCAGCUUACUUUAUUGUAUGGUAUGUAGAUCCAAAAUAUAGUUUGAGUCAAAUAAAAUUAGAAAAGCU